AGAAACUGAAGGAGUGGAGGUAGAAGAGACAUCAAAGCACAAAACAGACCCCAGCUUUUCCCGCUUUCCUGCAAGGUUCAAAACAGAGUCAUCAACCAACGAAUGGGAGAAGAACAAAAGAAGCCAGAGAAGAAAGAGGAGGCAGCAGAGGAGAAGAAGCCAGAUGAAUCUCAAGAUAUUGUGCUCAAAGUAGAUAUGCACUGCCAAGGUUGUGCAAAGAAGGUCAAGAAAUCCCUCCUAAAAUUUGAAGGUGUAGAGAACGUGACGGCCGACAGCCGAUCCAAGACAGUGGUGGUGAAGAGUAAGACCGCGGAUCCUGCCAAGGUCUUUGAGAGGGUUCAGAGGAAGACGAAGAGAAGGGUUGAGCUGGUCUCCCCGCUUCCGCCGCCACCUCCAGAGGAGGAGAAGAAAGAGGAGAAUCCGCCACCACCUCCAGAGGAAGAGAAUAAAGAAGAGCCACCAAAAGCAAUCACAGUCAUCCUGAAGGUGCAAAUGCACUGCGGCGCGUGUGCGAAGCUUCUGGAGCAGCGUAUAAGCAAGAUAGAAGGUGUCGAGUUGGUCGUGACGGAUCUCCCCAAUGACCAGGUUACCGUGAAAGGCGUCAUGGACCAGGCCGUGCUUGUCGAUAUCGUCCAGAGGAAGAUGAGGAGGACAGCAGUUAUCGUCGAAGGGGAGGAGGAAAAACAGGAGGAAGAGAAGAAGCCAGAUCAAGAUGAGAAGAAGGUUGACGAGACAAAAGCCGAUGAUGGCCAUGCCAACGAACACAAGUAUGAGUUCUGGCCUCCUUCCUGGUACUAUGUCGACUACGUGCACCACUUCCCUCUGGCGCCGGCCCCUUUGAUAGACGAUUUCAGCGAAGAGAAUCCCAACGCUUGCGCCAUCGUGUGAUACCAUCGCAAGCUAUUUUGCUGCGUCUUAAAAACUUUAAGUUUGUUAUAUCACUCCAUCAACAAAACUACUGGUGGUAAUUCAAGAUAGGAAAUACAGUCCUAAUGUAACCCUAAGAUGUAUUACUAUGACGGUUGUGCAGAGUGCUAGGUUCAGUUUUUCUGGGCUUAAAACGCAGCUUAAGGUUAUAGAUGAAAAAGAAUGACCUUAGUUUGGUACUAAAAGUUACCAUGUGGUAACUUCUUACAAAAUAGAAUGUCAACUUCUCUGUUA